AUGAGCCUUUUUGAUUUUCCUUUAUCUCCCGAUGAGGAGUACUAUCACACAGACAGUAACAAUAGCUUUGUUGAUAUUGACAUAAGCAGGAUUGGAUCAGCAAUUAGCGAAAGUACCGACUAUGGCACAAGUACUGAAGAGAGUAUCUCGGGUCAUUUUGACAGCUUCCAAAGUAGCGAAAGUGGGAACCUUGACCCGAUUAGUCCAUUUACAUUUGCAACUGAAGAUCUCACUGAAGUUGCAACACCAUUUUAUUCCCACUCUGUUGGAAUCCAUAACACUCUUGGACUUGGAGUAGCUGAAUCUGUUGAUCCAAUGAAAUUAGACAAAGAGAACAACUUGGACAUUACUUUUAAUGACUUUUCAUUCGAACCUGAAGCAAUGUUCAUUAUUCCAGAAGAUGGAGAACGAAUUGACAAUUUAAAGGAUAACUUGAAUAUGAUGAAGGACUUGGAUCAUUCAAGAAAUGGCAGGACCAUUUUGAAGAAGAGGAAAAGAAGAAGAGAAAAAAAACAUCAGACCUUGUCUACACCACCUGCAACUCCAGUUUUGAAGUCAUCGUUUACGUUGGGGAAGACAAAAAGAUCAAACUUGUUGAUUAAAAACGAGUUGGGAUCCGAUCAAUCAUCCAUGGUUAGGACAGAUAAAAAUCUUGACCAGUAUAACUUGACCAUAAAGUUUGUAAGUAAACGAGACAUUUAUAAUAACUACAUGACUGUCAAUAGACCAUCGGCACCAAUGAGAUUGACGAAUGUAUCCAAUACCCUUGUCCCUCUAUCAGCAAUGAAAUUAAAUCCAAGGUUUAGACUUAGUGAUGCACAAGUCAGAGAGCAUCAAAAGUCCAGUGAUAAUGAUAUUGAUAGUAUCAAGUUUAAUUUGAACUACGUGAAAACUUUAAGUAAUUCUAAAGAAGAUCGCUACUACUCGAGGUUAAACAUAUUUGAACUAUCAAAGAUCUUAGAAUUGGACAUGUACGAUAUAUCUUUGACUAAAGAAAUUGAGAUCAACAUCCUCGAGAUUUUCAAAAACUAUUGCAACUUUAAGUUAGGAUACCAGACAUGGAUCAGAGAUACCACCAAAGAGCAAAGGGAAAAUUUAAUCAAUUUGCUUUACAGCUAUACAUCUCAUUAUUAUCCCGAGUUUAAUAAGUUUAAAUUGGAAGUUAUUGUGAGACGUGGAAGCUACAGCCUAAUGCAAAGUAGAUUGAGGAAAGAAAGAAGAUCAAACAGGUAG